AUGACAGGCGAGAGCGUGGAAUCGUUUCGUCAACUGGUGCACGACAUGCUGCCGUAUGUCACACUUUUCACCAGGGGCAGGCAGUUGAGGGUUCGUGAUAACCCCUUUGUGCUUGAUGUAAGAAAUCGAAUUUUGAUGGUUGUGAUUUGGCUGCGGAUGUAUCCAGAAGUGGUAAUGUUGAGUGGCUUGUUUAUGGUCAGUCCAACAACUGUCAAAAGAGAAAUUCGAUUUUUGCUUCCAGUGCUAUGGAACUAUUUUAAACAGUUUGUAAGGUGGCCGUCACAUGAACAAUGGUUAGAGAUGGCUAAUCAUUGGGAGAUGUUUCCAGGUGCAGUGGCUGUGAUUGAUGGAACGCGUCAUGCAAUUCAACGACCACAAACGGAACGUCAGCAAGAUUUUUAUAGCGGCUAUUGCAGAUACCACAAUUUUUCCACGCAAAUAAUCAUGGAUAACAAUUCCAAUAUUGUAUACAUUCAAUCUGGGUUCUUGGGGCAUAACAAUGACAGCGGUCAAUUUCAGCUGAUGCCUGUCAUCGGAACUGGACAAGAACUCCACUUACCACAAGGUCUCUAUAUUUUAGCAGACAAAGGCUAUCCAAGUGUUUAUCCCCUUGUCACACCACGGAGAAAUGCGGCUGGGAACCUUACAAGGCGGUUGUUCAACAGAGAACACGCGAGAGUUCGGACACGAGUGGAACAUUGCAUCAGACAGGUGAAAGAGUAUGGCGCUGUCAGUCACUUGUGGCGUCAUGAACGUUGGAUGUUCCCAAUUGUAACCGAACUUUGCUCGUUCUUAGCACAAAGGCACAUCCACAUUUCACGCGUGAUUUGA